AUGUUCCGCACACCGUUCCAACUCUUCGUCUUCCUCCUUUCCAUCUGCAACAUUGCAGUCGCUGAGGUUGAUGCCACACACGAUCUGCUACCUCGACAAAGUCCCAGCGCGAACGAUGUGAAUUCGCCUCUCUGCCAGAACUAUGCGCUAGUAGCCAACCUUUCUACCGUCGCAUUGAACUCUACAUAUCGCGCAGCUUUCCUACGUUCUUCUCCUCUUGGAACGUUUCCGGCCAGGGCUAUUUUAGAUGUGGAGUCCCCGAAACUCCCGGCGAUGAUGAUGGAUGCCCAAUUGAACCAACGAUGUGGAAAUUUGUCUGAGGUUGCUCUCGCUGGGGCCGCUGCAAAUCUUAGCGCAGGUACCGUGCUUGGACUACCGAUCCUUGAAGCGCCUGGUAUUGAUCCCGCCAAUGUUGCCAUGCCUAUCGUUGGAAUCGCGAUCUUCUUGAUGUUUGGUGGAACAUGGCUUGCAUUGUAA